AUGUCUGCCACUAGUGUUGAACAAGUUACCAAGAAAACUGAAGAUUUAUCCAUUGAUGGCAACAAAAAAACAGUUUUAAAUGCUGCCUCAACUGCUGAUAAGGAAUUUGAAUUGAAACACCCUUUAAACACACAAUGGACUUUGUGGUACACCAAACCUAAAGUUGAUAACACUGAAGAUUGGUCUAGUUUAUUGCGUCCAGUCACUAAACUUUCCACCGUUGAAGAAUUUUGGGGCGUUUACCAAUCCAUCCCAAAAGCCUCUGAAUUACCUUUAAAAUCAGAUUAUCAUUUGUUUCGUAAUGAUAUAAGACCUGAAUGGGAAGAUGAUAAAAAUGCUAAAGGUGGAAAAUGGACUUUCCAAAUAAAUGAUUCUGACAGGGCCUUAUUAGAUGAAUUAUGGUUGAAAGUUGUUUUAAGUGCAAUCGGUGAAACAUUAGAUGAAAACGAUGUGGCCAUUAAUGGUGUUGUUUUCAACAUGAGAAAGAAAGUCGUUAAGCUAGCUAUUUGGACUAAUACUUGCGAUAAAGAAGUUUUGACUAAGAUCGGUUUGAAGUUUAGAGCUAUCAUCGGCGCCAUCCUCAACAACAAAAAGAGCAUCGAAUCCCAAACUGAAGAGGAAAAACAAGGAGAAAAACCAGAACAUCAACCAAUCGAAUUCAAAUUGGAAUUCAUUAAACAUGCUGACUCUGAAAACAGAAAAAUACCACCAUUCAUGAUUUUGUAA